UUGUCAUCAGUUGCUCCGAGACCCCCUCACAUAUAUUUAGUUACAUGUUCAUAUUAACUGCUGAUUCAGUCAGUCUCUGUUACAAUUUCAACACAAGUUGUUACUCCAUUAUUCCAUUUAGUUGUCAUCAUUAAAUACAUAGUAAAAAAAUAAUAAAAUUAUAAAAUAUCAUGGCUAUUCCAAACCCAGUAAUCAAGUACACCCAGUUGUUCAUAAACAAUGAAUUUGUUGAUGCUAAAAGUGGAAAGAAAUUUCCAACAAUCAACCCAGCAACUGGUCUUGUUAUCACUCAAGUAUCAGAAGGUGAUAAAGCUGAUGUUGAGCUAGCAGUAGCUGCUGCAAAAAAAGCAUUUUCACGUGGAGCACCAUGGAGAAAAAUGAGUCCAUCUGGUCGUGGUAUUCUUAUGAAUAAGCUUGCUGAUCUUAUUGCAAGAGAUAUAAAUUAUAUUUCGAGUCUCGAAGCACUUGAUAAUGGCAAGACAUUUGAGAGUGCUGUUGGCGAUAUGGAAGCAAGUAUUGGAACACUUAGAUACUAUGCAGGAUGGUGUGACAAAAUUCAUGGAAACACAAUUCCUUCUGAUGAUGGAAACUUUACGGUAACACGCAAAGAACCAAUUGGUGUUGUUGGACAAAUAAUACCUUGGAAUUAUCCAGUAAUGAUGUUGGCUUGGAAAUGGGGACCUGCAUUAGCUGCUGGUUGUACAAUUGUAUUAAAACCAGCUGAACAAACACCAUUGACUGCUCUUUAUAUUGCUGCCUUGGCUAAAGAAGCUGGAUUUCCAGCAGGUGUUGUUAAUGUCAUACCAGGAUAUGGUCCAACUGCUGGUGGUGCUAUUACUCAUCAUCCAGAUAUUAAAAAAGUUGCAUUUACUGGAUCAACUGAGAUUGGUCAUGUAAUUAUGGAAGCAGCAGCAAAAAGUAACUUGAAACAUGUCAGCUUGGAACUUGGAGGAAAAAGCCCAGUUGUAGUUUUUGAUGAUGCUGAUGUUAAAAAUGCAGCUGAAAUAGCACAUGAAGCAUUAUUCGGUAAUCAUGGACAAAGUUGCUGUGCUGGAUCACGUACAUUUGUACAUGAAAAAAUAUACGACAGUUUCGUUCAACAUGCCAAGGAAUUGGCAUUAAAACGUAAAGUUGGUGAUCCAUUUGACUCAACAGUUGUUCAAGGGCCACAAAUUGAUGAAGAGAUGUUUGAUAAAGUUUUAAAUUUAAUUAAAUCUGGAAAAGAUGAAGGUGCAACUGUUGUCACUGGUGGUGAACGUCAGGGCAAUGUUGGAUAUUUUAUAAAACCAACUAUAUUCUCAAAUGUAACUGACAACAUGAGAAUUGCCAAGGAAGAAAUAUUUGGUCCAGUUCAAUCAAUUCUUAAAUUUAAAACUCUUGAAGAAGUUAUUGAAAGAGCUAAUGAAACAUCAUACGGUCUUGCUGCUGCAAUUAUUACAAAUGACAUAAACAAAGCUCUCCAAUUUUCUGAAUCUGUUGAUGCUGGAAGUGUUUGGGUUAAUUGUUAUGAUGCCAUAACACCUCAAACACCAUUCGGUGGAUACAAAAAAUCUGGAAUUGGUCGUGAGUUGGGAGAGGAUGGUCUUGAGGGAUAUCUUGAAACCAAAACAAUUUCCAUCAAAGUACCAGCUAUUUUUUAAAUAAUAUAAAAAAUUAAAAAAAGCCAACAACAUAAUUUUGUAAAACCAUGUCAAAUUAAUGAUAUAUUACAUAUAAAAACAUUUAAUAUAAUU